AACUUAUUAUUACUGCCAAGUCGAACGUACUCUUAAAUAGGAAUCUUCGGCAGUCAAAGGUUAGGACCGUGAGUAAAGCUUUAAGUAACUCGCUGUGAACGACUUUACUCCAUAUAAAUAGGAUGAGAUCCAUCAGACGAGCACAUUCAAUCCCAUCCGUCCACACAGCUUAGACAUGAAGCUGAUUAUAGUCCUAUCCCUUAUAGCCUUCGGCUAUGCUGCGAAGUUGGAUAGGACGUAUUUACCACCACCUGGUGCUGCGACUGCUGGAGGAAGCCCGGGGUCCUUAAGCGCUCCUGGACAAAGCUUUGGGCAGCAGGCUCCAGGAUUCCGAGGAUCUCAGUCUCAGGCGGGACCUUUUGGUGCUUCUGGACCUAGCCAGGCCGGUCCUGUCUUUGGUGGAUCCUCUUCCGGAUUUGGGCGUCCUGGAUCUAACCAACCUUCUGGACCUGCUGGAAUUGGCAACGCUGGAUCAUCAGGAUUUGGACCUGAAUCCAACCAGCCUUCAGGGCCCUCCGGAUUUGGCAGCAACGCUGGUUCAUUCGGCCGGCCUUCUGGACAGGCUGUGCCCCAGGCCUACCAACCUGUCGGAACUGGCGUACAACCUCCUUCUCAGCUUGGUUUUACGCAAAAUGGACCCCAGCAGCCUGAGCGUCCUCAAGCGGCCGCUGACAGGAACGCUGAAAUCCUCCGAUACGAUAACCAGAAUGAUGGUGAAACUUUCUCCUACCACUUCGAGACUUCGAACGGCAUUUCUGCCGAGGAGUCAGGAGUAGCCACCAACGGUGUCCAAGCUCAAGGUGGUUUCUCGUACACUGGUGACGAUGGCCAGUUCUACAAGAUCACGUACACCGCUGACGAGAACGGCUAUUUGCCCCAGGGGGACCAUCUGCCUACACCUCCCCCUAUUCCUGAUGAGAUCCUGAGGUCCAUUGAGGAGAACGCAAGGGCCGCUGCUGCUGGGACUCAAGAAGGUGCCUACAACCCCGAAGAAGACAACGCUCCGGUGUACAACGCUCCCUCCUUCAACCAAGCUCAGCGGUACGGCGGCUCCAACGGUUUCGGACCUUCGGCCUCUGCUGGAUCAUCUGGACCCCAGACUGGCUUCAACCAGGGCUCGACCCAAGGAAGUGCUGGACCAUCUAGUCCUCAAGGAUACGGUUUUAACCAGGGCUCGACCCAAGGAAGUGUUGGACCAUCUAGACCUCAGGGAUCCGGUUUCAACCAGGGCUCGACCCAAGGAAGUGCUGGACCAUCUAGACCUCAGGGAUCUGGUUUCAAUCAGGGCUCGACCCAAGGAACUGCUGGACCAUCUAGACCUCAGGGAUCCGGUUUCAAUCAGGGCUCGACACAAGGAAGCCAAGGUUUUGGCCAAGGAUCUCAAACCCAAUCAGCUUUUAACGGAAAAGGCAACCAAGGAUUCCCUGGUCAGCGUGCUCAGGGCCAAACCGGCGGUCAGGCUGGCUAUGACUACUCCAGUCCCCAGAAUCAAGGUCGUCAGCCUAAUGGAAAUGCCAACGCUAUCCCUUCCGGACCGUUCAAGCCUUCAGGCAUUCAGAACCAGGCUAGGCCCUUCCCAGGUCAGAAUCAGCCCUCAGGUCAAGCCAGACCCGUCCCAGGACAAAACCAGCCAUCUGGCCCAGCUCUCAACCAGAAACAAUAUCUGGCUCCUGAAUCUCAGCAGCGUCAACCUGGAAACCAAGGAUCUGCUCCUCAAUCGUUCAAUCAAGGUCCCCAAGGUCCCCGAAGCCAAGUUCAGGGCUCUGCUCAAUUCAACCAGAACCAAAUUGGAUCUGGAUCGCAGCCUAGCCGCGGACCGUCAAACUUUGGCCAGAACCUCCCUUCCAACCAGCCAUCACAAGGUUCUCCAGCUCAGAGAGGCCCCCAGGGUCCCCAAGGCCCGAGAGCUCAGGGCAACACUCAACAAGACGGCUAUGAAUACAACCGGCCUCAAAACGCUUUCAACGCUGGCAGCCAAUCCAGGCCUCAGGGUCCUAAUGGUUCAAGACCUCAAGCUGCUUUCCCUGGCUCAAGUUCUCAAGGUCAACCUGGAUUCCCUGGUGCUUCAAGCCAGACUGCUUUCCCUGGUGCCCAAGGGCCAAGUGCGUUCCCUGGAUCUAACCGCCCAGCGGCCCAAGGACCUCAAGGUUUCCCUGGUUCCCAGGCACCCCGUGGUCAGGGUCUCGGACAGCAACCGCAAAGGCCUUCCAAUCAGGAAACUUUCGGAGGACCCCGGCAACCACCCAGCUUCAGCUCUGAAGAAGGAUACAAAUACUAAGUAAAUAGCCAAAGCGAUAGCGAUAUGAAUGCGGCAUUAGAAAAUAUAAAAAAAAGUUACUCUGUACGUAGUUUUAUGUUGUACAUAGUAAGUUUAAUGUUUUGUCACUGUGUGAUAGAAGUGAAAUAAAGUAUGCAAUUUUCGAAAGCGAAA